AUGGCUAUACAAGCGAGCCUACCCAUGAUCCUCAACAAACAGGCAGAUGUUGUGGCUCCCCAGCAGCCAGCAGCCAGUCAGCCCAGCACAGGUGCUGGCAAUACCAAUCAGCCCAGCUGCUCCUCAUCGUCAUCAGGACUGCCUGAGUAUAAGAGGAGGCUGAGAAGGGGCGCCCGUCGCCUGAACGUUGACUACUGUGGCUCCCUCCGUAUUCCCAGUGUCUCCUCGCUCAUCCGAAGCUCCCCUCAACCGCCUCCUGGAUCCUCUUCCCUCACACCUCUCCCAGGAAACUUCCCCCUUACCUCCUUGGUCAGCGCCCCCUCAUUCUUAGAGUCAAGCUCCAGAUGUUGUUCCAAUCUCACCCGCACCCACAAACACAAGUUUGAACUCAACUCCAGUAGUCAGCUCACUUUCCACCUCCUUACCUCCACUCAACUCCUCAACUCCACGCACCACGACAACUUCUGCCGUGCCUUCACCCAUGCAAGCAACUAUCCACACACCUUCUUCCACCUUGUCAAAAAAUGUCUCAAACAACUCAAAGUAUUUCUGCCAGAAUGUGACCUCCAUGCUCUGCGUCCUCCAGCCACCACUGCUCCUGUAUACACCUCAAAAGAGAUCUCACCCACAACCACUCCAACCAACAAUGAUACAGACUCUCAAACAACCAGCAAUCUCACUCAGACCUCUCUUCCAAUCACCCAGUCCACCACCAAAGAGAAUCAAACCACUGCAGGUUCUUACACUGUUACACCUUUCAAGACUGGCUUCAUGAUCAACAUCACAAACUCUCCCCUUGGCAACUACACCAUCCAUGUUAAAGAAAAAGACCAAAAUGAGGCUAGCAACGAAGUUUUUCAGCACACCAAUCAAAACUCACUGCAUUAUAUCAGCAACCUGAAGCCCUGUACUGUCUAUGAGCAUAAUGUGACAUUUAGUAAUGCUAGCAUAGAAACCUGUAUGCCGCUCAGUAAUGAAAAUACAAAGACGACAAACCCAAUGAUUGAUGGAGACAUUAAACCUGUCAGCUGUGACCCUGGAUCUCUUUGUUUCAACACUGACUGGAACAUCACCUCUGUGAAAAUAACAGCAAAUAAUAUUGCAGCCCAAGUGAUGCCAUGCCGAAGUGACAAUAAAGUAUUCUGUAUCAGACCUGAUUUCAAUGACAUUUGCACAAAUCUGACGACAAUUUUCACUGCAGAAAAAUGUGGGAACUCUUCCUUUAACUUUACCCAUCAUAUCAGUGCUGGUAUGUAA